AUGGAGUGGAAGCUCCUUCGCAGCAUUAGCAUUAGCAGUAGCAGUAGCAGGUCAUACUACACGAGCAAGAACAAGAAACCGAGCCUCUACUCCAAAAUCAGCCCCCUUGGAAAUCCCACCACAAGCGUCGUACCCGAACUCGACGAUUGGGUAUAUAAGGGGAACAAGGUCUGUGUUGGCGAGCUUCAACGCAUCAUUCGAGAUCUUCGCAAACGCAGUAGGUUCACCCAAGCCCUCCAGGUAUCUGAGUGGAUGAAUAAGAAUGGUGUGUGCAUAUUUUCUCCAACUGAACAUGCAGUGCAUUUGGAUCUGAUUGGCAAGGUUCAUGGAUUUCCUUCUGCAGAACGCUAUUUUAGUAGCUUGAAGGAUGAACACAAAAUUGAGAAGACAUACGGUGCUCUCUUGAAUUGCUAUGUUCGUCAGCGCCAAACUGAUAAGUCCCUCUCCCAUUUGCAGAAAAUGGAGGGGUUGGGUUUUGCUACGUCACCUCUAAGUUACAAUGACAUUAUGUGCUUGUACACAAAUAUUGGACAGCAUCAGAAGGUUCCUGGUGUGCUAGCUUUGAUGGAAAAAAACCAAGUUUUGCCUGACAACUUCAGUUACAGAAUCUGUAUAAAUUCUUUUGGUGUGAGAUCUGACAUUGAUGGAAUGGAAAGAAUAUUGAAAGAGAUGGAGAGUCAACCACACAUUGUAAUGGACUGGAACACUUAUUCUGUCGUUGCUAAUUUCUAUAUAAAAGCAGAACUUACAAGUGAGGCAAUUGAUGCUCUAAAGAAAUGUGAGGAGAGGCUAGAUAAUAAAGAUGGCCAGGGUUACAAUCAUCUUAUCUCUCUUUAUGCCCGUCUGAGAAAAAAGAAUGAGGUUGUAAGGCUAUGGGAACUGGAGAAAAGUGUUUGCAAAAGGUGCAUAAACAGGGAUUUCACGAUCAUGUUAGAAUCUCUGGUAAAGCUUGGGGAGCUCAUUGAAGCUGAGAAAAUACUGCUCGAAUGGGAAUCCUCCGGCAAUUGUUAUGAUUUUGGAAUCCCACAUAUCGUAAUCAUUGGGUACUCACAAAAAGGUUUGCAUGAGAAAGCAGAAUCCAUGCUUGAAGAUUUACGAAAGAAGGGAAAGGCUACCACCCCAAACUGUUGGAUUGUAGUGGCAGGUGGAUACCUGUAUAAGGGUGAGAUGGAGAAAGCAUUAAGGUGCUUGAAAACAGCCCUCUCUUUCUGUGUGGAAAAUAAAGGAGAGAAGCCUAACCCCAAGGUGAUUGCAGGACUAUUGAGUUGGAUUAGCAAUAAGGGCAGUAUUGAAGAUGCAGAAGUUUUGGUGAGCUUAUUAAGAAAUAUUGUCCCAGUAAAUAGACGAAUGUAUCAUGCCCUAAUGAAGUCUUAUGUACGAGGUGGUAAAGAAGUGGAUGGGCUUUUGGACAGCAUGAAAAAAGACAGCAUUGAUGAAAACGAAGAAACUAGGGAAAUUGUUAAAAUGAGGAAGGCAUAAAUUUGGAAACGUACUUUCACAUUAUAUUCUUCUGCGGCUGAAUCAUCGUGUGAAGGUUUUAAUUUGCCUUCAGAGUCUAGAUUAAUGAUGACAUUACAUAAAGGAAGUAUCAAAAUGUAGCAACACACUUGCAUUAAUAAAGAAACUCUCAAGAUCCCUUUCCUUUGGUGACCUGUUUUUAAGCUGGUUUGCGUGAGACUGAUAGCACCUACAGUCCUUCAUCAGUUUAUGUUAGUGAAAGAAGCAUUAGUGGAAUCUGAUGGAUUGAAGUGGCCUAACCUUGGCCCUUAAUCGUUGUUCAAGAGAAUCCAAACCUCUUAUCCCUCCUCAUCUACCACCAUCAGAUAGUUAGAAAAAAUUAAAUUAAAUUCAUAAUUAUUAAUGUAAACUCACGUUUUGUUUUUUAAUGAACUCUUUAUGUAAUUUCGGUAGAAAGCUUCAUUUUUCCAGACAUUGA